AUGGAUCUCCUACGUCGGGUGUCGAAUAUAGCGCCGACCCCAGCGGCCCAGCUCCCAUCAGAUGAAAAGGGCCGCAGGUCGAGGGCAGGCAUGAUCGCAUCCAAGUUAGCCUUUUUCAAGCGUCCGCUCAGGUUAAAAGGCAACUCGAGCAUAUCCGUGCCCCUCGGCGUCGUCAUCCUUUUCCCAUGCAUCGUCGUCAUCCUCAUAUUAACCCUCUUCGUCCGCCAUCCCAGCUCCCCUGGGCGGAUGCUUAUGCCUGCUGGACCUCCCCCAGCUAUCCGAAAAAUCGCCGAAGACUACGACAAGGUUUUCGCCACUGGCUGCCUUGAGCCCGACACGAGCAAGCCGCGAGCCAACGCCGCAUUCGUCGUCCUUGCCCGGAACAGUGAUCUGGACGGUGUUAUCCAGUCCCUAAAGUCCAUCGAGAGGCAUUUCAACCGAUGGUACAACUACCCCUUCGUUUUCUUAAACGAUGGAGACUUUGACGACAACUUCAAGGCCACCGUCAAGAACUACACUUCCAGCACUGUCGAGUUCGGCAAGGUUGGCCCCGACAUGUGGGGUUUCCCCGAUUGGAUUGACGAGAAGGUCGCCAAGGAGGGUAUCGCCAAACAAGGUGACAGUGCCAUCAUGUAUGGUGGUUUGGAGAGCUACCACUUCAUGUGCCGAUUCUACUCGGGCUUCUUCUACAACCACCCGCUCCUCGCCAAAUACGAAUGGUACUGGCGUCUUGAGCCCGAGAUCUCGUACUUCUGCGACAUCACUUACGACCCCUUCCUGAAGAUGAUUGAGGCCAACAAGACUUACGGCUUCACCAUUGCUGUCAAGGAACUUCGCGAGACCGUGCCUAACCUCUUCCGAUACGCCUCCGCCUACAAGCGUCUUUAUAACUACACCUCUCAGGGUCUCUGGGAGAUGUUUGUCGAGCCCACCGAGGAGAAUCCUCGACAGGGCGAUCAGAGUCUUCCCGAGGAAGUGCUCCGCGCCGACCCCCACAAUAACGAGCUCCCGCCCAUCGACCCCGAGUCUAUGGAGGGCGAGAAGUACAACAUGUGCCACUUCUGGUCCAACUUUGAGAUUGCCAGACUAGACUGGUUCCGAAGCAAGCCCUACAACGACUUUUUCCACAUGCUGGAUCGCAGCGGUGGUUUCUGGAUGGAGCGAUGGGGUGAUGCUCCUUUCCAUUCUCUAGCGGCCGGUAUCCUUCUCGGUCCCCAGGACAUCCACUACUUCCGCGACUUCGGUUACCGACACACCACCAUCCAGCACUGCCCUGCCAAUGCCCCGUCGAGGCAACUUCCUCGCGAGCCCUACCUGGAGAAGACAACGCUCGACCCCAAGAAGCGAUUCGAGGAGGACGACUACUGGGAGCACUGGGAUGCCGAGCGAGAGAACGGCGUGGGCUGCCGUUGCCGCUGCGAUACUGACAUCGUCGACGUCGAGGGCAAGGAAGGAUCCUGCCUCGCCGAAUGGGUUGAUGUCGUCGGCGGUUGGGCUAGUCCUUGA